ACCCAGCUCGACCUGUGUCAAACUACGUUUAGGCCAGCUCCCACCAACCUGCAUACUUGUUUUGUCGCUUCUAACCGCUCUGGAACGCUUCCAACACGGCCAUGAUAUGAUUACUAGUCUUGGUCAGCCCGCUCACGAGCGCUAGUUUCAAUCUCUUCUCUAUCCGGGACCGAUUGGCAGCAUGCUUCCACUGCCGCGCAGGCCGCCCGGCUCAGCCUGGCCUCUCUCCCUCCCUUUUCCCCCCAAUUGCCGGCAAAAACUCGCCGCACGCCUGCUGAUUUCCCCGAGCAAAAGCUGCGUACGUGCCCAUUACGUUCAUGUCGGAGUCAAGGCCAUGCCGCGAAUACAUACAAGCCCAAGCUUUGUAUGUGCCGGCAUCGCAUCCGGUCUGCUAAGACCGUACCUGCAUCAAAGGCAUACCCUCAACCAUACGUCUGUGUGGCGGACGCCAUCAUCUCAACUCCGCACCCAGGAUCUCGCUGAUCUUUGCCAGCCACCUUGUUCUUUGCCUGAACCAGGACGCACCACUUAUCAUGCCCGCUAAGCUAAACGCCCGCAAAAGCCUUCCCGUCUGGCAAGUGCGCCACUGAUCGAUGAUGUACACAGGGUACACCGUUGUACGACAUUUUGCUGUCGUCGGAGGAUAAUCCGCUUUGGUCACCAGUUGA